AUGGCGGACAGCAUUCUCUUCGAGGACAUCUUCACGCUCGCCGAGAUGGACGUCGGCGGCAACAAGUUCGACAAAGUGUCGCGCAUAGAAGCGCGCAGCGAGCAGUUUGACAUGGCGCUGUCGCUGGACGUGAACACAGAGGUGUACCCGCUGGCCGUGGGUGACAAGUUCACCCUCGCGCUCUCGCCCACGCUCAGCCUCGAAGGCGUCUCCGAUGAGGGGGUGUACGACCAGUCGGGGCGGCGGUCGCUAAUGGACCGCUACGAGUACGUGAUGUAUGGCAAGCUCUACAAGUACAGCGACGCCACUGGCAGCGCCGCCGACGCGGAAAUCUACGUCUCAUUUGGUGGUUUGCUCAUGCGCUUGGCUGGGGACAGCACAAAUUUAAAAGAUUUCCAUAUUGAUCAACGGCUGUAUAUUCUUAUUAGAAAGCGAGGCCACUCCGACUCCCGCCACGCUCGCGUCGACCAGCAGCCUGGCGCGUGCGACGCUGCGUUGCUCGCCACAGCUGCUGCGACGGGUAACCACAUGCCGAAUGGCGACGUCGCUAGCGGUGUAACGAUUCUCUCUCCGAACGAGCAAGCACCAGCGCAGUCGAUAGCGUUUGGUUCCAUUGCAGGCACGGCGCCGGGUUCAAGUGCGUCACGGAGUGUACUGUGCGCGUCAGGGGGAAGCGCACUGAGCGCGGGGCACGACGGCCGGAUGAAGCGACGCAGAGGCGCCUUUGAAACGCCUCUUGACGCCGCAGCAGUAGGCGCGUGUAGUGGGGUUCGGCAAGCGGGCCGUGCGGGUUCGAAUCUCGGCGUCAGCAGCGGCGGUGGCGAAGGCUCGGCAGCAGCUGGUGCGGGCUGCGAGAAGCGUGUUCCACUGGCAACCCACGCAGGCGGCUCUGGCGGUCAUGCCGCGGGCGCCACUGCAGACAUGGAUUCAACCGUCGCGGCUGCUGCUGCUGCGGGUGCUCACCCCCGCCCUGUCGUCGCGCUGGCGGCUGCUGCUGUUGCACACAUCGCUGAGACGGCGGAUCUGGCUGCUGGGGUUGCCGGUGAUGGCGCUACUGCUGGCUCCGCUGGUGCUCGCCUCCCUGCUGCUGCUGCUGCUGCUGCUGCUGCUGCUGCUGCUGCUUCUAGUGGUGGUGGUGGUGGUGGUGCAGGUGAUGUUUCUACAGCUGCUGUUGGUACGGGUGCAGUGGGGCGGGGUGCGGCUUGCGCGCAUGAAGAUGCGGCCGUCCCCUGUGCUGAAACGGCAGCUCGCGCCGGCCCUAGUGCCACUCGCCACGCUGCCGAACCUGCUCUUCCUGCUGCACCCGCUGCUGCUUCUGCAGGAGCGGCUGUGGCUGCCGCCGCAAGCAGGGCUGCGCACGUGCAGAGCAGCAGCGGCGCGGUGCCAGGGAGUGCAGCGCACGAGCGUGCAGGGGGGAGUGCAGCGCAAGGGGAUGCCAGUGCAGGAGCGGAGGGAGCAGGGGGAAGCGGAGGGGAGGGGGGUGGGGGAGCAGGUGGGGACGAGGAGGUGGCGCGGGCGGCACAGCUGGCGGAGGACGAGCGGCUGGCGAGAGAGCUUCAGCGCGCAUUCGAGGAGGAGAGCAGCAUUCCGUUCGUGCCCGUGUCGCAUGCAUUGUGCUAUCUGUCUGGGUAUGUGCUCUCUGCUGCUGCAUGCAACGGGCAUGGUGUGCCAUCAGGUGUGGGGCCACCACUCACCAUGCACCUUGGCUCUUCCCUCCUUCCCCGGCAGCCACUGCCAUCCCCAACUAUCCUGCUUUACCGCAUCACAAUCCACACCCCCGCUGUUUCUCUCCCCCGUUUUGCUCUCUCCUGCACUAACUCGCGCUGCUGUCCGCUGCCCUCCACUCCCCCGUGCGUGCUGGUUCCCCCCCUCCCCGUGCCUCGUCCUCCUACCCCUCGCCAGGGCCGGGGCCUGGCGACGGACUACCAGCUGGCGAUGCUGCUGCAGGCGGAGGAGACGCACCACCUGCGCACCCGCGUGCUCCGCUCCUCCCUCGCCCCUCGUGGCGCCGCCAGGCCAGCACCUCGCCCGCACGCCCGCCCAGAUGCACGGCAGGGUGGGGGGCAGGGCGAGGGGCAGGGCACACGGCAGGGCGAGGGGCAAACUGCACGGCAGGGCGAGGGGCAAGACGCAUGGGAGCAAGCAAGGGGGCACAGCGGACAGCACACAGGCGAGAGCCCCUCCCUUGCCCCCUCUGGCGCCUCUGCUCCCUCAGCUCCUGCUGCUCCGUGCACGCUUGCUGGGCAGUCAACCAGGGCUGCUCACGCUGCCAGUGCUCUGGCAGGGAGGGGCGUGGGAGGGGGCGAGGACGGUGGCGUGGAGCAGAGGAGGAUAGGGGAGGGGGAGAGAGAUAUCGCGGGGAGCGAGGAGGUGGGAACACCAGGGGGUGAUUCUGCAAGGGCUGCUGGCAGUGGUGCGACUGGCGGCAGUGACGGCAGCACUAGUGGCGGCGCCGGUGGUGGUAUUGCUGGUGCACCUCACUCCCCCGUGGCUGCAGUGCCACCUGGACCCCUGAGACCUCUGGAAUCUGCCCAUCUGGCACGGGUGGGCAUGGCGGCACCUGCAGAACGCGCCACGUCAGCAUCAGCUGGCCGGCGCUGCUGCGUGUCGAUGGCGUCCUGCCGGUUAGUGCUCUGCCUGCCCCCUCCCCGCCCCUGCUUGCCCGCCGCCCUUCUCCCCUCUCUUACUCUUGCAUUCUUUCUAUCCCUUCAUCUCUUCGUGCGCACCUGCUCUUCCACCCCUUCCAUCCCUCCCAUCCCUCCCAUCCCUCCCAUCCCUCCCAUCCCUCCCAUCCCUCCCAUCCCUCCCAUCCCUCCCAUCCCUCCCAUCCCUCCCAUCCCUCCCAUCCCUCGCAUCCCUCCCAUCCCUCGCAUGCCUCGCAUGCCUCGCACCCACCACAUCCCUCUGCAGAGACAAUCUGCUCGGCGCCUACAGCCUUUCAGGCCGCAGUCCGCUGCAGGUGCACGAGAAGCACAUGAACAACAAUCAGCACCUGAACAAACACCUUAUCAAGCACCCGAACAAGCACCUGAGCAGGCAUCAGAACAUGCACCUGGAGAAAUACCAGGACAAGCACCUGUACAAACGCCCGAGGAGGGGAGACAACGUGAAGGGCCUGUUGCGGAGGCAGGUGCAGCGACGGACGGAGCUGUGUCAACAGAGGGAGGGGUCGCACCCUGGGAGACAGAGGCGCGAGAGGAAGAGGAGGUGGAAGAAGAAGAAGAAGAGGAAGAGGAGGAGGAGGACGAGGAAGUGGAUGAGGAGAUUGAAAUGUUGGAGCUUGACGGCUCGAGGCUGGAUAUGGGGUUGCUGGAAGAGGGUGCAGGCGAGGAAGCUUAUAUGGAGGAUAUGAUGGAUGGGGGCCAUGAGGUGGACGAGGAAGCGUUGAACGAGGUGGACGACACGUUUCAGUUUGACGUUGUGCUGGGCCAAGUGGGGUUGGACGACGCUGCCCCCCGCCUGGAUGACACGCCCCCUCCUGCCGGCUUGCCUGCCGGUCACGGCGCUCUGCCUGUGGCGUUGCAUGGGGGGCAAAGCGGCCACGGAGGGCAGGGAGGGCGCGAGGGCGGGCAGGCGAGGAGAGGGGUGCCGUGGUUCCCUGGCAGCCUGGUGGAGGAGGCUGGGCAGUGGCAGGCGCGCGUGGCACGGCGGUGGGCGCACGCAGGGGGACUGCCUGGGGCUGACGGGCAGCCAAUGGGGGCUGCUGCUGGCAGAGGGGGAGGAGAGGGUGGUGGGAUGCCGGGAAUGGGUGCUGUGAGUCUGGGAGCGUGGCGUGAGGCCGCAGAGGCAGAGGCAGAGGCAGAGGCGGAGGCAGGCACUGGUGUGAUGCCAACAGCCUCUGAUCUGCCCUCUCCAUCGGCUGACCUCGCUGCUUCCCCUGCCUCGCCCUCUUUCCGCAACCUCCCCUCCUCCCCUGCCUCACCUUCCCUCCGCAACCUCCCCUCCUCCCCUGCCUCGCCCUCCUUCCGCAGCCUGCCUUCCCCUCCACACUCGCCCCCCACGCAUGGCCCGCCGCUGCACCGCGGGAGAGCUGAGAUGCACGCGCCUCAUGCGCGCAGCACGGGCAGGGCUGCCUCUGCGUCCGCAUCUCCCGCCGGCAGCGCAUUCUCCUUCGGCACGCCUGCCGACUCCACUGCCUCUGUGCGCAUGCGCAGGGGAAACUUCGUGCGCGCAUCCCAACUGCACACCACCCCACCCCUCGCCACGCGCCCCUCCUCUCCACCUCCUCCUCCUGCUGCUGCCCCAGCUGACCCCCCGUUGACUGCUCAAGUACAGCCUCUCCCCAAUGCUCCUCACACUGCUGGCCAGGCUGCUGUCAUCGCCUCGCCCCACGCGGUGCUGCCGCUGCCAGCAGACUCCCCCUGGGCGCUGGGCAUGCGCGCACGCGUGGGUGAGGGGCGCCUGCCGGCCCGCGCACGUGCCAGAGUGCCCCUGCGCCCCUCAUCGCGCUCCGCUGCCAUGGGAGCGGGCGGCGAUUCAGGUGGCAACUCGGGCAGCGUGGGCAGCACCAGCCCCGCCGCCCUCGACGCCCCCCCCUUCCUGCCCGCCUCCACUUCGCCACCUGCUGCCACUCUCCUCUCGCCCCAUGUCGCCGCGCACCAUGCCGUCGCACCACUGCCCAGGAUAGCUGGCGAGGCCGAAGCAGCUAGGGAGGUUGGUUCGGGGCAGCACUGGGAGCAGGCAGCGCGUGUGACCGGCCUCCACACAGCCACACUGCAGCAUGCUGCGGGGAGUGGUGCACCUUUAGCAGCAGCAGCAGCAGCAGCAGGCGUGGUGACAGUGGUGGAUGCAGCAGCAGUUACUGGCAGUGCGGUGGAAAGGGUGUUGAGAGGCGAAGGGGGAAUGGAGCAGGAUGGGUUCCGAAUGGAUGAGGGGGCCAGACACAGGAGGGAGGUUAGGGAGGAUGGGAGAGAGGGGGGCACGCGUGGCAGGGCGGAGGAGGGGGGCACUGGAGACGAGGAUGGGAGGGGUGAGGGCCGAGGGGAUGGGGAGGGUAGGGUGGGCGGCAGGGGUGAGGGCAGGGGGGACGGCAACGGGGGGGGCAGUGCGGAGAUGGCGGAAUCAGAUGGCAGCAGCGCUCCCCCGCGCGCACCCCAUGGCAGGUCGCGGCACGGGCGGCCGUGGCGUGGUGAGGCAAGGCAGGUUGACAGGGAGGCUGCCACUGCUGCUGCUGACGAUGGUGCUGGGAUGAGUGCAAGGGUUGCUGGGGGAGUGAAUCCUGAUGAGAACAAUGCGACUGCACCCCAUGCAGUGGGUCCUCCGCCUCACUCUGCUGUCAUGGCUGCCAUGGGCCAUGCAGCAGCAGCAACUGACGUACAUGCCAUGCCACCACAAGACGCCCUUGCUGCGGCACCACCCCAUGUCAUUCCUGCAGCAGUACCACCACGUGACCCCUCCACCUCUGCCCCGCCUGCCACAGCCGACCUGCCUCUCGCCCCGCACUGGAGUCCCCUCCUCCUGCCUUCCACGCUCUCCCCCCCCGCGCCCCCUCUGGCAGGCUGGCAGGUCCCGCGCAGCAGGGCGUUGGGGGGUAGGCAAGGCGGGCAGGCAGGCGGGCUGGACGCGUGGAGGGAGCGGAGGCGGGGCAUGGGCAUGGGCGCGGGGGAUGGGGGCGAGCGGAGGAGGUGGCGCGAGUGGGCGAGUGUGCGGGGCAUGGGUGCAGCAGGCACGGCAGGGGCUGCAGGCGAGUCCAGUGGGGAGGUGGCAGGAGGGGCGGAGGAGACAGGGGCUGCAUGGCUGCUCGUGGAGGCUCGGGCGCAGCAGGAACGGGAGGCGGUGGAUCGGCGGGCACGGGAGGCUCGGGAAGCUCUGGAGCGGCGGCUGAGGGAGGCUCGGGAGGCGGUGGAGCGGCGAGCGAGGCAGGCGGUGGAGAGGGUGGUUGGGGAGACGGGGCUGGUGCCUGGGGCUCCUGAAGGCGGUCGUGGGGCUGCUAAUAACGAGGGCAGGGAUGAGGACGGUGGCUCUGCGCUGGCGAGUGUUGUGGCCUCUGUGGGAGAGGCUGUGCGGGAGGCUGCGAGGGAGGCUGCGGCUGCUGAAGGUGCGGGAGGGGCACGGAGAGGGGCGUGGGUGGCGGGUGGGCGAGGGGAAACGGUGGAGGAGAGGCGCGCGCGGCUGCAGCAGCGGUUCUCCGCGCUCACCCGCCUCAUGCUGCGCGACCACGCUGCCACCCGCCACGUGCUCCCUGCCCCUGCUGGGGGAGCCGCGCCUGCUGCUGUGGACGAUGCCGGGGGAGAUGUGCGAGCAGCGGGGGCAGCUGCUGCUGAUGGCGAUGGUGAUGCUGCUGCUGCUGCUGAUGAUCGUGCAGGGGUUGGAGUGGGAGGGGAGAGUGCGGCGAGCAGGCGGGGAGGGGAGGCAGAGAGGAGGGGGGCAGUGAUGGGGGCGUGGAGGCGGGACAGGGCGGGCAGGUCCUUCCGCUCCGCCGCUGAAAUCAUCUCCGACCGUCUGGCGGUGUGGCAGGCGUUGGAGGCGGGCAUGGGGGGGGUGGACGCGGCAUUCCACCGCAUUGCCCCCUUCCCCCGGCCCCCCAUCGCGCGCAACUUCCCCCUCGCCUUCCGCCUCGCUGCCAUUGACCGCGACUUCAAUGAGUCGGACUACGAGAUGCUGCUGGCGCUGGAUGACAUCUCAGCGCCCGUUGUGCGGCCGGGCGCCACGCCUGAGGAGAUCAACACCCUGCCCACCGCCGUUGUCACGGCACAGGACAGCGACCUGGACCCGUGUGCCAUCUGCAUUGAGGUGCCCUCACCACCUGAAGUCAUCCGCCGCCUGCCCUGCGCCCACGCCUUCCACCGCGAUUGCAUCGACGAGUGGUUGAGGCGCCGCGCAGUGUGCCCCAUCUGCAAGCGAGACACACGGGGAACGGAGCAGUGA